UCGGGGCUGGGCGGGAGGACGGGGAGCGCGGCGCAGCGCGGCGCGGAGCGGCCGGCAUGGAGCAGGACGCGGUGGAAGCCUGGCUGGACGACCACGGCGGUUUCGCCCGCUCCUACUUUGUCCGGAAAGCCACCAGAGAAAUGGUCAAUGCAUGGUUUGCUGAGAGAGUUCAUCCUAUCCCAGUUUGCAAGGAGGGAACCAAAACCCACAGUGAAUCUUGCUCUUGCUCUGCUCAACUGGCUACCUGUGCUGAGAUCACCAACCCUGGUACCCCAGCUAGGAAAAUCUCUGCCUCUGAAUUUGAUAGGCCUUUAAGACCUAUUGUUGUCAAGGACUCUGUAGGAACCGUGAGCUUUCUCUCAGACUCUGAAAAGAAGGAACAGAUGCCUCUACAAUCUCCAAAGAUUAGGACUGAUAUAGGAGAUCAGUGCUCAAGACUCUUAGAACUAGUGAAAGAUAUUUCUAGCCACUUGGAUGUAACAGCUCUUUGCCACAAAAUUUUUCUGCACAUCCAUGAGCUUAUAGCUGCAGAUCGCUAUUCCCUUUUCCUGGUCUGUGAAGACAGUUCCAAUGAGAAAUUUCUUGUCAGCCGGCUGUUUGAUGUUGCAGAAGGUUCCACCUUGGAAGAAGCUUCCAAUAAUUGCAUCCGCUUGGAAUGGAACAAGGGGAUUGUGGGACACGUAGCAGCCUUGGGCCAGCCUUUGAAUAUCAAGAAUGCAUAUGAGGAUCCCCGAUUCAAUGCAGAGGUCGACCAGAUCACAGGGUAUAAGACACAGAGUAUUCUUUGUAUGCCAAUAAAGAACCACAGGGAAGAGGUUGUUGGUGUGGCUCAAGCUAUUAAUAAGAAAUCUGGAAUUGGUGGCACAUUCACAGAGCAAGAUGAAAAGGAUUUUGCUGCUUAUCUAACAUUCUGUGGAAUUGUUCUUCACAAUGCCCAGCUGUAUGAGACAUCAUUGCUUGAAAAUAGGCGUAACCAGGUGCUUCUUGAUCUUGCUAGUUUGAUUUUUGAAGAGCAGCAAUCCUUGGAAGUAAUUUUGAAGAAGAUAGCUGCAACUAUAAUCUCCUUCAUGCAGGUGCAGAGAUGCACCAUUUUCAUAGUGGAUGAAGAUUGCCCUGAUUCCUUUUCUAGUGUGUUUCACAUGGAGUCUGAGGAAUUGGAAGAUUCAGCUGAUGUCCUAAAGAGGGACUACGAUACAAACAAAAUCAAUUAUAUGUAUGCUCAGUAUGUCAAGAAUACAAUGGAACCUCUUAAUAUACCAGAUAUCUGCAAAGACAGAAGAUUUCCAUGGACGAAUGAAAAUGCAGAAAAUAUAAACCAGCACGUAAAGAGUUUGCUGUGUACGCCAAUAAAAAAUGGGAAGAAGAAUAAAGUGAUAGGUGUGUGUCAGCUUGUGAAUAAGGUGGAAGAAAACUCAGGUAAAAUCAAGGCUUUCAAUAGAAAUGACGAACAGUUUUUGGAAGCUUUUGUCAUCUUUUGUGGUUUGGGGAUCCAGAAUACCCAAAUGUAUGAAGUUGUGGAGAGAGCCAUGGCCAAGCAGAUGGUGACACUAGAGGUCCUCUCAUAUCAUGCUUCAGCUGCUGAAGAAGAAACGAGGGAGCUGCAGGUAACAGCGGCUGCUGUAGUGCCAUCUGCACAGUCUCUAAACCUGACUGACUUCAGCUUCAGUGACUUUGAGCUUUCAGAUUUUGAGACAACGCUGUGUACAAUUCGAAUGUUCACAGAUCUCAACCUGGUGCAAAAUUUCCAAAUGAAACAUGAGGUUCUUUGCAGAUGGAUUUUAAGUGUGAAGAAAAAUUAUCGGAAAAAUGUUGCAUAUCACAAUUGGAGACAUGCAUUUAAUACAGCCCAGUGUAUGUUUGCUGCCUUGAGAUCAGGUAAAAUUCAGAGCAAGCUGACUGAUCUAGAAACACUUGCUUUGCUGAUAGCAGCACUGAGCCAUGAUUUGGAUCAUAGAGGGGUGAACAACUCUUACAUACAGAGAAGCGAACAUCCCCUGGCUCAGCUCUACUGCCACUCCAUCAUGGAGCAUCACCAUUUUGAUCAGUGCCUGAUGAUCCUGAAUAGUCCGGGAAACCAGAUUCUCAGCAGCCUUUCUAUUGAAGAAUACAAGGCCACUUUGAAAAUGAUAAAACAAGCCAUUCUUGCCACAGACUUGGCACUGUACAUUAAGAGAAGGGGAGAGUUUUUUGAACUUCUAAGAAAGAAGCAGUUUGACUGGGAAGAUCCUAUGCAAAAAGAGCUAUUUUUAGCAAUGCUGAUGACUGCCUGUGAUUUGUCAGCAAUAACAAAACCCUGGCCAGUUCAACAACGGAUAGCUGAGCUUGUAGCUACUGAAUUUUUUGACCAAGGAGACAAGGAAAGAAAGGAACUCAACAUAGAGCCAACAGAUCUAAUGAACAGAGAGAAGAAAAAUAAGAUCCCUAGCAUGCAGGUUGGAUUCAUAGAUGCCAUUUGUUUACAGCUGUAUGAGGCCAUGACUCACGUAUCCGAGGCCUGUUACCCUUUGUUGGAUGGCUGUAGAAAGAACAGACAGAAAUGGCAAUCCUUAGCAGAACAGCAGGAGAAGAAUCUGAUUAACGGAGAAAGUAAUCAGUCCAAACGGAACUGAGUUGCUGGGUUAGCAAGCACAUGCUUUAAGUUUACUCUAAAGAUACAAUAAUUUGGGAAUACUGCAUUUUGCUAUACACUGUGUGUGGAUUUUGUGUAUGCUUUACCACUGCUGUAUUAUUUUUUCCACAGCCUUUAAAAGCACAGCAUGAUCAUUUUUAUGUCAGUGUUCUAUAAUGAUUGUAUAUUCUUAUAUUUUAUUUGCAUGUGGUGAAACUAUAGAUUUGCAGGUAGUUUAUUCUACCCAGUUCUACAUAGAGGUACAAGUUGCUGAUACUGGACUUGGUUGGAGGGCUUUCAGCUUUACAGAUGUGUAUAUAUAGAUGUUUAGUGUUUGUGACUGGCCAGUACCUUAAAAAAUAUCAUAUUCAGCACCUUGCUUCCCCUUAUUUUUUUUGUUGCAUCCUCGUAUGUAAGUAGUAAGCGAUGUUGUCUGCUCUCCCGCAAGUUGCCAGGAGGCAAGAAGGAUCUUGGUGAUUGAGGUUUGCAUUAAUGACCGAAUCUAAUACUUGUUAUACUGACAGAAUUUCUAUUGAAGUCAAUGAGAGCUUCACCUACCUGGAGAUGCAGAAUUGUGCCCGAAGUGACAAAGCACAGGGACUUGUGUGACAUAUUGUAUCAGGUGUUUCCUGUUACAAGGAUGUGUUAUCCCUUCACUCUUUCCUUUUUGAGGAAUUUUAAAGCAAUCCUGUGAAUCAGUAGACAUAAAGGACCUAAACUGAGAUUUGCAAUGCAACUGUUCUGACAUUUGCUCAGAGCCAGUAAAAGCUGCUUAAUAGACAAGGAAAUGGCAAAAUGCAACAACAUAGAUCAUUGGCUGCCUGGGAAGAACAUUUCAGAUAAAACAUACAGGAAACACAGAGGAAAACUGAACUCAAUAAGAUUCCUUUUGAUGGUAUGCUAGUGUUAUCUUUGUUCUAAAGAUCUAUUUAAUAUCAUGACCAACAGACUGAAGCACGAGAAGAAAAAGCAUAAGCAAAUGUGUUUGUUAGAGCAAGUGAUGAAAACUGUACUUAUUCAAGAAUCUGAUCCAGAGAGAGGAUGUGCCUGGAGAUUUGUGUCAACAGUCUGAUUCACCAGGUUGAGAAUCUAAGAAAUGACCAUGACCAACUGAAGAAUUGCUUGAGAUUGUAGAAAGUUUUUGCAUUAACUUUGAGAUCUAAGGUAUUUUUAUUUAAAAAAAAAAAAAAGUUUUCAGCACUCAUUCUACUAGCAACAAUUUUUAACCACAAACAAAGUCUUAAAGCAAUAUGGGAAAAGACUGAAAGCAAAACAGUUGAGAAUACUGCAGGGACUUACACUUUAUAUAUGAGGUAUAAGAAACAUUCAGAAAAGGGAAAGAGAGCCAAUGGAUUUGCAUCAGAUACAGAGGAAACCAGUAUUCUUCAAUAGAGAAGAUAAUGCAUAAAUUCUUUUGAAUAAAUCACUAGACAUUUAUUAAAGAAAGCAUAGGGGUAAGACAUCCAAAAAAGGGAGCACAUUUACCGUGUGAUGCCACAAGAAGAUGAAUGUCACAGUUUUAAAACCAGGAAUUGGUACUCAUAAGUUAGUGAUAUGGAUGCAAAUAUGGAUGUAUAAAGAUGCACACAAAUGUUGUUAUAAUGAUUUUCAUAUCUGUAAUAUAUAUAUAUUUUUUUUUUUAAUUUAUACCAGGUGUAAUAGCAAGCAAGACUGGUUUGUGUAAAGGCCUGCUUUUAGUUUUACUUCACAUUCAAAAGGUCAGAAACUUAUGUGAAAAACAAUUUCUGAACAGGUUAAUCUACAAAUUGCAGUUGAAAACCUUGCAAGAAAUUUUUUUCCCAUGAGAUUUCUGGUGUCAUCUGAUUAUAUUAUUAUUUCUAGUGCCAUCUGGUCUGGAAUACCGGGGCAGGGAGGACCUGCUUUUUAGCUAUCUUGUUUCUGAUCCCAAAUAAAACUCAAAAAGAAGCACUUAAAAAUCAUGAAUAACAAAGAAAUGUUAACUAAACAUUUCAGAAUCUUCCAAAGUGUUAAGUUUUAUACUAGAAAUAAAGGAACGUGAAUCCUUGUUUUUGGCGAUAUUUUAGCUAACUCAAAUUAGAAGCCACUGAUCCCUAGUAAUUCAGUAAUUUAUUAUUAUAGCCAAAUUUGGAGACUUUUCUUUGAAAAAAUACUUAAGAAUUUUCCAUUCAAGUUUUUAAAAACCUUGGUAUAUAACUUAAUAAUUAAAAAUUCUUGGGGUAUUAUGUUUUGCAGUAUACUAUGCAUAAGUUUAUAUGCGUACAUAUACUCUGUGUGUGUGUGUGUGUGUGUGUGUGUGUUUGUGUGUGUGUGUGUGGUAUACUUAAUAGGCAUAAAUAUAGUAGUUGUCCUUGAAAAUUUGGCAGUUACUCCUUUGAUAAAUAGCUAAGACUAGCUCAGGAUCCUCAUAUUUUCAUUUUUACCAUAGGAAAAACUUGGACACUUCAUGUAUUGAAGUAGAAUUAUUUUCUUAGCUACGCCAGUUGAUAAGAGUUUAUGCGCAUGGGUGUGGGAAUGUGUGUCUGUGUCUGAAAGGGCAAAAUCUAUACAGGUUUAUGAUUGCUGGUGUGGUUAAGACCAAUGCUUCAUUGGUGAUGAUCACAUAAUGAAUCAACUAUAGUGAUAUUUCCUUUUAACAAUAUAUAAUUUACAGUAAGAUCCCCCAACAUUAUAUAUCUUAUUUGCUAUAUUGUGUGUAUAACAUAGCUUUAUCAUGUUUUUAUUUACACCUUUUAAUUGUUGUAAAAAGGUGAUGGAGCCAUACCUUUCACAUAACAGAAAUGAGUGCAAAUAACACAGAUUGCCAUCUUUUUUUUUAUUGCUACUUAUACACAGUUUUACAGAUUAUGCAUAGAUGUAAGGUACACAUGUACAUGUACACUGCACAAAACCUCUCCCUAUUGAGGAAAACCUAUGUUUGAACAAAUAUAGAAUUAUAUUUUGUAGCGAGAUUUCUAUCUAAUGACUGUCAUAACAUAUGUAUCUAUAUAUUUAUACCAAACACAUGCACACCCUUUGAACUAACUACUGGUUCGGGGCGUUAUAAGUGUAUUUUGAGUACUCUAGGCAGAUUACAAGAUUGUUCAGGUGACUUAUAUUUUGUUUCAGUUUUCCUGCCAAGUUACGAUGGUGGUGGUUGUUUCAACACUUGUGUAUGGAUGGUUUGUAUGCAGGCUGCAGAUAAGUAUUUUUUUCCUUUGGCAAUACAGGUGACCAUGUAGAGGACAUGUGACAGCUGGUUGUACUUAGAGGUUAAAAUGUACAAAACCAGCUAAUGGAUUUAGCUACACAGCAGCCAUUCAUUCCAGUGGGAAAUUGUUUUCUAAAUCCUUUAGUAAGCUGUGAACCAAAUUCUGCCCUGAUUUUUUUUUCACUUAGCAUGUGCCUGGGAUUCAUAGAAUCAUAGAAAAUGGGUGUUGGCAAGGACCUCAGGAGGUCAUCUAGUCUAAUCCCCUGCUCAAAGAAGGACCAUCCCCAGCUAGAUCAUCCCAGCCAAGGCUUUGUGUAGCCAGGUUUUAAAAACCUCCAAGGAUGUAAAGUCCACGACCUCUCUGGGUAACCUGUUCCAGUGUUUUACUACCCUCCUAGUGAGAGAGUUUUUCCUGCUUCAAGUAGUUGUAGGCUGCUAUUAAAUCCCACCUCGGUCUUCUGUUCUCUAGACAAAAUAAGCCCAGUUCCCUCAACCUCUCCUCUGAAGUCAUGGGCCCCAGCCCCCUAACCAUAUUAAUUGCCCUCCAACAAAAUUUUGUUGCCUGAAAUGUUGAUCAGGACAGAGGAUAAAAGUCUUCUGUGGGCCCGUCUUGGUUCCAUUGAAGCUGCCAGGAAUUUUCACACCAAUGUGUUUGGGAGCAAGCAUUGUUUGGGGUUUUUUUCUUCACAUUUGUUUCAGUUAAGACCAAAAAUGCUGCUAAUGCCAUCAAACAAAAUUAGUUCUCACUGAAGUGAAUGAGAAACAUACCCCCAAAUAAGAAUCUGGCUUUAAUGUAGGCUUCUAGGCUUACUUUUCUUCUGUUAAAAAAAUAACACAUUUUAAUACCAACCAAAUGAAUGGGUUGUCCUGCUCUUCUUCCAAUUAAAAAUAAGAGGGAGGAUCUUAAAAGUAGUAAUAAAGUCCUUAAAGUAACCUUGCUCUUACAUUAAUUGCAGAACAAAUAAGUUUUCACAUGCACUACAAAGACUUAAAGAAAUCCAUAUAAUUAUUCUUCUAUAACAAUUUGUUUGCUCCCUUGAUUAUAAACCAGUGCCAUUUCAGCAAUCAGUGAACCCCUAAUACCUUCCAGCAUGCUAAAGCUAAGUUGGUUACUUUAUGCUGCUUUCAGAUGAGCAGAGAGGGCUGAUGGCCUUAAUGAUACACGAGGAUUUUCUUUUUGGGGAAAUGCUGCCAUUUCUGUAAAAAGGCACUGCUUUUUUCCCUCUUCACAGAAAUGGGUCUGAUUCAGAAACGCCAUUCAGAACCAGGCACAUGUAAAAGUGAGAUUUUGAUAGACUAUCCCAGCAUGCUCCAUCUGGAGAUGAAUCAGAGUUUCCAUUCUCAGAUCUACAUCCAGUUUCAGAUUCUUUUGUCUUUCAAGGGUCAGUUAGGUGCAAUUCUGAUUCAGCCUGUGAUGUUGAAAGAGGCCUAAGUCAGGUAAGUUUAUGGAGUGGACUUCCCUGCUGGGUUUUUCAGGCCCAUCACAAUUAUGUAGCCCGGGGUGUCAAAAAAUAUAGCCCCUGGGCUGUAUCUGGUCCGUGGAGCCCUGGGAUCUGGCCUGUGGGUUUCUUACCAAUCCCACAUACUACAUGUAGCACAUGCUGGCCUCAGCCCCAUGUGCCACAUUCAGUAUGUGGAGCCAAUAUGGUGCACGCUGCAUGUGACACUGGACCCAGCACUGCAGGCACUGCAUGCAGCACACAGGCUGGUCUGGGAGGUGUGUUGCAUGCAGCGCCCUGCAUGCUGACUACGGCGCCAAUACAGAUUGGGCCCACAGACCAUCCUGGCAUGGUCCACCUGUGGUGCUGCAUUCAGUGCACAAGGCCCAGACAGGGGCCAGCAUGCCACAUGGAGCCUGCACAUCUGGUCCAGGGCAUGUGCUGCACGAGACGCCCACGUUAGACAGGCUCUGUAUGCUGGCUCCAGUGCAUAGGGCUGGUCUGUGGGCCUGAUCCAGCCCAUGGGGCCAGAUGAGUUUGGCACCCUUGAUGUAGCAGAACCAAACCCUAGAAUACUGAUUAGAAAACAAUGAGCUGAUUCAUACUAUUCUCACAAAAGCUACAUGGAAGUAUCUUGUGAAGGCAUCAGCUGAGCAUUUGAUCUGUAUCAGUUCUGUAACAAUCGGGUGUGUGUCUAACAAUGUGCGGUCUACGUUCCAGAAGCACUCGGCUUUAUUUUACUGUUCUUUGUUCUGCAGCAUUCCCCAGAGACCUGAACUAGUUUAAAAGAAAAGCUUGAGUUUUGUAGUUUGGAUACAGAUGUGAGCUGGACAAAAGUCAGGUGUUUGGGGCUGGAUGUUCAGGUCAGACUUCAACAGAAAUGAAAGCCCCCAUCAGAGUCAGGCCUGGGUAAUGAGUGAUAUUUUGCUAAAUCGAGCAAAUGGUGAUAUCGGGAUAUUUCAGCAUUGUUGAAUAACUGACAAAUGACUAGAAAAGCAUGUGUUCCACAGAGAGUAGUCUUUUUCCAUAAAGGAGAUCAUACCUAAGUACCACUGUUUGUAAAUGUGUAUUAAUAAGCAACGUUAUGCACACCCAAGUUCUCCCAUUCCGUGCAACAGGACCUGCUCAAACACUUGUUUGCCUUUGCUGUGAUGAUUCCCAUUGAAGUGGGAGUAGGACUGUGCCCCAGAGACUUGGGAAAUGGGUCAUAUUUACCAUUAUUCUUGCCUAUACUAUUAAAAAGUAAAACACUCUGGACCAAAUUCUUUCUGGUAGUGACACUUCCUUGAUCUUUUAGUGAACUGAACUAGCCCCACUGAUUUCAAUCAUAGCCCGCAGAUGUGACGGAAGCUCAAAUUUGGAGCCCUCUUGGUGUAUACCCAUGGCAAACGUGUGUGUCACUUAAAGAAUGUAGUUUGGAAAGCACUGUAAAUAGUUUAAAAACAAAUUUAUAUUAUAGUUUAAUAAAAAAUAAAUAAUGAGCUGUCACUAGCCACUAAGUGUGUCUAUUUGUAUUCUUCUACCUUUUCAAAAUAUCUGAACAAAUAUAUAGUUUCUGGGCACAGUAUUUUUGUACUAGCCUAACAGGGUUACUUUGUAUAUUAUGUCCUACUUCUAAGUAGCAUUAAAGUCUUAAAUGUUAAUUUGAUCUUGCCUUUUCAGUUUUCCCCACUACAGUUAAUUGGCAUAACUUUCUUUAUGUUAGUUAAGAGAAUGAUUUGUCCUAGUAACUGUACAGUAAAUGAAAGAAAGAAUACUGGGUUAGGUAAUUUUCUGUGUCAGACUGCUUUUCAGUUACUUAUUUCCUCAUUCUCUUCUUUGUACUGUUUUUUCAUGCUUUGUAAAAUAAAAAAAGGAAGAUGUCAACUAA